CCACCCCUUUAUUGGCUGACCCCUUGCCAUUGACCUCAAAGACUUGAAGGUUUCCAAUUGGGUGCUCACUUACCAGAAACUACAGAGGUGCUCACAUACUCAUUGACAAGCACUUGCCAAAAAGCAAAACACUGUAAUUUUCCCAGAUCUUUCUUUGAAGCUCCAAAAUCUUGCUCUUCUCAGCAAUAAAAUUAGUGGUCUAAAAUCAAAUACUAAUAUACUCGCGUCUCAUCUGUUCUUCCCAUUUUUCCGAUUGUUGAACAUCAAUUUUUAACCCUAAACAUGUCUGACCAUGGAUCUUCACAUACAUGCUGUUUUCGUUGCACCAAAUUCAUAUUAACUGCAGGCUUAACAGCUCUCUUUAUCUGGCUAAGUCUAAGAACCUCAAAACCAUCCUGCUCCUUACAUAAUUUUUAUUUACCUGCCCUUAACCUAUCUGAUAAUUCCAACACCACAAGAUCCAAUCAUACUCUAUAUUUUCAGCUCAAUUUGAACAACAAGAUGAAGGACAAAGGUGUUCGUUACGACAAAAUUAUAUUAAGCUUCUACUAUGGUACAAAUACAAGUAUCCCUUUAGGUAAUAGCACAAUAAAUGGAUUUUACCAAGGGCAUGAUAAGAAAGCAAAGAAAAAAGGGAAACUGGAAAUUCAGAAAAUGGCUUGGGAUGCUGCUUUAAAGAAUGUUACAAAUACAUCAAAAGUGGUUUUUAGGGUGGAUGUGGCUACUAGAGUAAGUUACAAGAUUAUUUUUUGGUUUGGCAAGAAACAUAAUUUUACUGUGGAAAAUAAAACAUUGGAAGUGGAUAGUACAGGUAAAUCAAGUGCACAACAACUUCAUUGCUAUCUUAUGGGUUUAGGUUUUCCCCUAAUUGUUUUGGUUAGCUUGAUUCUUUUGUUGUAAAUGACUGGUAUGAUUCAAUUCAAUAUUUUGUUCGUUUUGGUUUGAUUGUAUCCUAGUUCUGUAGUUUGGAU